AUGCCAAGCCCACGAAAAAUAUCACAAGGAAAAGUUGCCCUGGUUAUUUGCCUAAAUAUUGAUAUUGAUCCUCCGGAUGUACAGAAAAUUCCACCUUUCUCAAGAGUGGAAGCAUGGGUUGACCCAACCGAUGCUAACAGUUUACACGCUUUAGGCAAUAUCGGAAAAAAUCUUCAGGCCCAAUACGAACGAUGGCAACCUCGUGCCAGAUAUAAACAGUGUCUUGAUCCAACUUUAGAUGAUGUGAAAAAAUUGUGUCUUAGUUUAAGACGUAACGCAAAAGAUGAUAGAAUUCUAUUUCAUUAUAAUGGACAUGGUGUCCCUAGACCCACUGAGAAUGGAGAAAUAUGGGUUUUUAACACGAAAUUUACUAAAUAUAUACCAUUAUCAUUAUAUGAUCUACAAAGAUGGUUAGGUGCUCCAACUGUUUAUGUAUUAGAUUGUCAAAAUGCUGGAAGAAUAAUACAUAUGUAUGAAGUUUUCUGUGAACGUCGAAAAGCUGAAGCGGCUGUAGUUGAACAAAGACAAAUGGAAUGUGAUGGUAAAACUGAUCAAUCAGAAACAUUACAAUGCAAUCAUCAAACAUAUUCUGGAUCAAAUUUUCCAAAUAUUCUUAAUCAAGCUACAUUACCAUCGUCCUCCACUGUUCAUGUUGUCAGUAUGGAAAAUACAUUUAUGUUGGCUGCAUGUAGUAAAGAUGAAGAUUUACCACAGAAUCCAAAUCUUCCAGCAGAUUUAUUUACUGCUUGUUUAACUACACCAAUUCGUAUGGCACUUCGUUGGCACUGGUUACGUCAUCAAGAAUAUUUUCCCGGUUAUUUAGACGAAGCCUUAUUAGAUCGUAUACCUGGUUCUCAUUCAAAUCGUAUGUCAUUACUUGGUGAAAUUAAUUGGAUAUUCACUGCAGUAACUGAUACAAUAGCAUGGUGUAGUUUUCCAUUGGAUAUAUUUCAAAAAUUAUUUCGUCAAGAUUUAUUAAUUGCUAGUUUAUUUAGAAAUUUUUUAUUGGCUGAACGUAUUAUGAACUAUUAUGGAUGUCAUCCAGUAUCAGCUCCUUUGUUAUUACCAACUUAUCAGCAUAGUAUGUGGGAUGCAUGGGAUCAUACUGUAGAUCGUGUGAUACAUUAUCUACCAAAAAUGUUAAAAAUCAUUGAAGGUGGUAGCCUAUACACCGAGAAAUUGUUGCCAAUAAUAAUUCCCAACUCAAAUACGAUUGUCAGUAAUAAUAAUAGUGGACUAUUAAUGAAAACAGUCAACAAUAAUUAUCCAAAUUCAAACAAGAUUACUACCACUGCUACUAAUAAUAACAAUGGUUAUAAUAAUAAUAAUAAUAACAAUAAUAAUAAUAAUAAUAAUGGUAAUAAUAAUCGUAUACCAGGACCACCUUGUCCAACUGGUAAUAUUCCAUUGGAUAUGUGCACAAAUCGUGCUCGUCAUUUUUCUACACAACAACAAACUCACCCAUUACAACAACAGUAUCAACGACAGGAAAUUCCUCAAGGAAUCCACUCAGGGUUAUUACCAUUGAAACCAGUCAAAUCAACUGUUCCUUCAGUUUGCGUAUAUCCACCAAAUAAGUUACAUAGUGAUAAUAAUAACGAUGGCAAUAAUAUCGCUAUUUCACAGCAACCAUUGACGAAUCCAACUAAAUCUGACUUGAUUACGAGUUGUAAUUUUGCGUUAACCAUGACAUCAAGUACGGUGUCUAAUGUGGCUGUGUCGUCGACUUUCGUGUCUACAACAACAACAACGACGGUUGUUGCAAAAUCAAGAGCAGUUGAUAAAGCUGAUCCCCUGAGAAAUCCUUCAACCAACCAAUUGAUUGAUACUCAUGAUAAGAAAUCUCAACUGGAUCAUGAUUGUCUUCAGUGUGACAAUAAUAAUCAUUCUACAGCCAAUGUACUACAGUAUGGAUUGCCUCCUGACUGUCUUCAAACUCAGCAUUAUCCAGUUACUGUUACUACUAUUACUACGAAUACUGUGACUACUGCUACUCUUAAUACAUCUAGUCGAACUUCUGAGUUAGUAUCAAAAUCGAAGGUAUUCAAUCUAUUGAGCUCGGAUUUAGUUGCCCCACCUCCAGGAUUUAAUAAUAAUAAUACUGAUAAGCUUCAAUCGCAACCGGUAACAACCAUGUUGAUUGAUUCAGAACAAAAUAAUCAUCAUCCUAAUACUACUGUUGAAUUUAUCAGUAAUGAUACUAAUGAUAGUAAUAAGGAUUUAAUUGAUAUAAAAUCAACUCUUCAUAGAGUGAAACAGAUGGAUCACUUAGAAAUUGUUGAGUUUACUAAUCAAAAUACUAAUGACGAAUCCCAGUUUACCAAUGAUGAUAAUAAUAAAUAUAAUAAAUCGAAAUUUCUCACUACUACUACUUCUAUGAACAAUAACGAUUCUGUAUCAAUUGUUCACCAUACCAUAACAAAUGAAAUAGAAAAGUCAGUUGAACAAGCAGAUAACCAAAUCUCAAAGACAACAAAUACAUUAAAUACUCAUCAUGAUCAUCAUCAAAAAGAUUCAUCUAGCUGGAACAAUAAGGUUAAAUAUUUUGAACAUGAAGAUAACCAGAAUAAUGAAAUUAUGUCAACCGCUUCUCAUAUGAAACAAUCGAAUCAAAUAAAACUAGAGAGUAAAAUGAACAUUAAUUUGAAUAAUGUCAGUCAAGAAAAAAUCUGUCAUGAGAACAGUGAUGAUAACGAUGAUGAUGAUGAGGAGGAGGAGGACGGUGAUGGUGGUGAUGACGAAGAGGAAGAAGACAAUAGGGCGGAACAAUACAAGUGUAAUAAAACUACUUUAAAUGUUCCUAAUACCAUCGGUUCAACAACAAAAGUUAUGAAUACAACAAUAAGUCCCACGAUUACUACUACUACUACUACUAUUGAUAAUUGUUCUGCUCAAUUAUCUUUGCAUUCAACGGAAAAUUGUCAUGAAUCUAAAAAAGUUGAAAAUAAACCAUCCAUAGGAAUUGUUGACAAUAGAACUAACCCUUGUACUGGUAUUAGUAAUAGUAAAUUGAUGAAUAAAAAGCAUGAUAAACAACUUUCUCAUAGUAUGUCCUGUUCAGAAUUAUAUACACAUACAAAUUGUAAUGAUCAACAUGAUUCACAACCACCAAUUACACGUCAACAACAACAAAAACAUCAACAACCCCACUCGAAAUUAACACAUGAACAAAUAAACAUGAACACAUAUGAUGAGAAUAAUACGACUAAUCAAUGUCAACACUUACCACUGGGAGUAGUAGUAGAACAUCAACAAACACUAUUAAACUUGAAAAAUAAUAAUCAUGACAUUACCGUAACUACUGAAAAGGAAUCAUUAAUCAAAAUAACAGAAUCUUCUAAAUUAUUGAAUAUGACAUGUAAAGGUAUAGUACUAAGUGAAACUAAUGAUCAAACACGGAAACAAUCACAUGUUCAUGUACAAAAUAAUGAAUUAAAACAACAUGAUAUAGAGAAUAGUGUAGUAGUUUCUGCAAUAAAUUGUAAAUUAAACAAUGACCUACCAUCAGUGAAACAAACUGAAGUUUCUAAAAAUCCUGGAAAUUCACGUAUUUCCACUCCAAUGAAACCUCGUCAACCAACGAUGCAUACACAGUAUCCACAUGGUUAUGAAAAGUUGUACCUGUUACCGAAUAGUGGUGAUAUUCAGAAAGUGACUGGAGCUUGUCGGCAUCGAGUUACUAACAACCACUACAGCAAUAAAUCAGCAACAGUAAUCCAACAACUAGGGGGGCCGAUAACAACUGCAGUUCCAUCCGCACAGACCAAACCUAUCAAACAGUAUUUUGACUCUAAAACUUGUACAAAAUUACCAAAUGCGAAUGAUCAUUAUAACAAUAGAGUUAUUCUACCAAAUAAUGUUAAUUAUCAAAAUGAACAUUACCCGGAUCCAAAUAAAUCUCAGUUGAAUUAUUAUUCCGAUACGUUAUUAUUACCACCACCAUCAUCUAACCAACGAAUCAAUACAUCGUCAUCUACGCUACCAGCAUUGUCUCAUUGUCAACAGUCAAUAACUAAUCAAUUCGUCAGUUCCACGGUGUCGACGGCUUCUACUACGGCUGCCACUACUACUACCACAACGACUGCUACAGUUUUUUCUGGAUCAGUGAUAGGUGGAAGUGGUCCAUCGUCAUUUUUCACUAGUCAAAUGACUGCAUUCAAAAUCUGGUUACAAACGGCUGAUGAACGACGUCCUGUAGCUACGCAAUUACCAAUUUUAUUACAGAUUUUACUAAGUCAAAGUCAUCGAAUACGUGCAAUGCAAUUACUCAGUGAAUUUCUUGACUUAGGACCAUGGGCAGUAGCUCAUUGUUUAACAGUUGGAAUAUUUCCUUAUAUUGUUCGUUUAUUUCAUUCACCAGUUUCAGAAGUGAAACCAUAUUUGGUAUUUAUUUGGGGUAAAAUUAUUGCCAGUGCACAAACUGAAUUCGGUCGAAAUGAUUCAGUUCGUGAUUUCGGUUAUAAAUAUUUCAUUGCUUGUUUAAGUGAUACUGAAAAUCUUUCUCCUCUUACUAGAACAAUCACAGCAUUUGCAUUGGCUAAAAUGUUAGAAAAAGAUGAAUCUGAAGAGCCUGAUCCAUUUUUUCAAGAUGUUUAUUUAAAACAAAAUUUCUUACCCAUUGUACAAACACAAUUAUUUGAUAAUAAUCCAACAGAAAAUGAAGAAAUGCUUAUACGUAUGAGAUUAUGGCUUAUUCUUGCAUUGGCUAAAUUAUGGUGUAAAAAUGAUGAAGCUCGAUGGUUUGGUAUACGACAUAAUUUACCAGAAGUACUUCUGGCUUAUUUAAAUGAUAUUUCACCGGAAGUUCGAGCAGCUACAGUUUAUGCUCUUGGCAAUCUCAUUGAAAAUCAAACUACUGAUUCAUCGAAACAAAAUCAUGCAGAUCAAAUAAGUCAUGAAAUUGGUGGUCAAUUAGUCAAGUAUUCAUCACGUGAUGCUUGUCCAUUAGUACGUUGUAUGGUUGUUGAAGCAUUUCGUGGUUUAGUUAAACAAUUUGAAGCACAAUUAUGCGCUAUUGGUAUACAAUAUAUACAAGAAAUAUAUAAUAAACAAUCUCAACAAAAAUCACAUCAAAAUUGUACAAAAUUAUCAUUACAUUCAAUAACAUCAUUCUCUUCAAAAAGACCUAUGCGUCAUAGUACAAUAAGUGUAAUUACUCCACCAGGAGGUGCGGGGAACGGUGGAGGCAGAGGUCUACACAGAUCUCGUCAGUCAGAGUUAACAUCUAAUCAUAUCAAUCUACAUAGUGGUUGGUUUUUAACAAAAUCAUCAAAUCGAGAAGUUGAUCAACAGCAUAACUACAAUUAUUAUUAUUAUAAUUCUCAUCAUAAAUCUCAUUUAAUCAAUACACAACCACAAGCUUCGCCAAUUCUACGUAAAUCUGUUUUCAAUCCUGGUUCAGUGUUUUUCACUGGUAGUGGUAAUACACCUAGUACAAAUAUCUACGUUCAAUUUUGGCUUACAUUAAUUCAAUUAGCUCAAGAUCCUUAUCCAGAAGUUUCUCGUCUAGCUACAAUUUUAAUACAAUAUCUGUAUGGAAAGAUUCGUGAAAAGGCUGAAUUUCAAGCUAUUUGUUACAAUUCACCAAAUAAUAAUGAUACAAAUGAUAAAUGUAUAACAAAUGAGGAUACAGCUUUAAUCUCAUCAUUGAAUACAUCAUUCACAAGUAGUAAUACAUCUACUGACAAUGCAUCAAAUACUGUAAACGAAUUGAAUUCUACACCUGAUAACAACAAUUCAAUCCGUUCAGAAAAUGCUUCUAUUAAAGAAUUAAGUUCUAAUUGUAUUACACCAAUUACUACUACUUCUGCAUUACAAGUGACCACUACAAAUUCCUCUUCUAGUUCCCUUAUUCAUUCUGCACAAUUCCCAGGUCGACGACAUCAACAAACUGAUCAACGGUUACGUGUAUCUAUCACAAAUUCUCCACAAUUCCCUAAUACAAUAAUCUCUAAUAACACUGUAACAUCUGGAUUUCCGGCCACUACUACUAUUAGUAGUGGUAGUAAUAGUAAUUACCCGUCAUCCCUAGAUACUGUACAUACACAGUUUUUUGCUUGGUCUUGUCGGUGGUUUACUCGUCCACUUUUAUCUAAAUAUGGGCAAUUGAAAAAUGGACAAUCAAAAAGUCAAACUACCUCAAAAAGCUCCUUCGAUUAUGAACCAGUCUCAUUGGGUACAAUCUCUAUUGAUCCAAAAGCAGUCGCUUAUACAGAUCGUGUGAAUCGUUUAAAAAAACAACGAAAAAUAUCUCAUCUAGGACGUUUACAAUGGGAACGUGUUGCUGGACAAAUUUCACAUCCAAUAGUUACAUCUUCUUCAAAUACUAACACUACAACAACUACAAUCAGUCGAAAAAUUUCAUUUUGUAAUCCAACAUCUACUAAUACUACUAAUAAUAAUAUUAGUAGUGUUGGUAGUAGUAACAUGAGUAGAAGUCGUAUUAGUCUUCGUAGCAAUGACAGUGGUGAUAAUAAUAUAAAUAAUUCCUUAGAUGAUUAUUGUUUACAUCCUAUAGCUUUUUAUAAUCAUCAUGGCAAUAAUAAUAGUAAUGAUAAUAUUUGUUCUAUAUCAAGUCAAGUGAAAUUUCAUCCAUAUCAACCUCAUUUAGUGAUGAUUAAUUCAGAACGUAAAGGUCUUACAAUACAUUCAACCAAAAAUCUAAAACUUUUACAUUCAAUUAAUACAUUCACUACAAAAUCAUCAUUAUUCCCUGAUUUUCCUUCAACUAUAGAUGGAUAUUCACGUGUUGGAUACGUCACUGAUAUUGAAUUUAUAAAUGCAGAUGAAGAGGAAAGUUUGUUGCUAACUGCAACAGAUGACGGUUACAUUCGUAUAUGGCGUAAUUAUACACAUCAUCUUGGUCAAGAUCCUGAAAUCCUAACUGCUUGGAAUGGUAUAACAGAUUUAUAUCAAACUGAUUAUCCAGUUGGUGUUGUUGUUCAUUGGAGUCAACAAGCAAAUCAACUUAUUGUAUCCGGUGAUACACGUAUUAUACGUAUAUGGGAUUGUUUAUGUGAAUCAAAACUAAGAGAUAUUAAUACAGGAUCAGAUACAUCAGUUACAUGUUUAACAAAAAGUAUAGAUAAUCAUUUAUUGGCUGCUGGAUUCAAUGAUGGUGGUAUACGUGUUUGGGAUAUACGUGUACCAUCUUUGAAUCAUAUUAGUUGUAAUAAUAUUAGUAGUAGUGGUAGUAAUAAUAGUUGUAGUAGCAAUGAUAAUCUUAUUUUCAACAGUCAAGCUGAUACUGCUAGAAUUUUCAAAGUUGUCUUUUCAUCAACUAAUCGAUUAUAUGCUGUUGGUGCUAUGGGUGGAAUUGGUGCUUGGCAAUUAUCAUUUCCAACUGAGAAUAAUAACAUUACUCCUACAACAAUUACUUCAAAUACUUCACUUCUAUCAAAUUCAUUGAAUUCUAAUAAUAAUGACAACAGUACUCGUAACGAUCAUAUCAAUUUAUCAAAUCAUCCACGUAGAUAUAUAUCCACAGUGGUAAGAUCAUCGACAAAUAAUCUUAUUAAUAAUUCUUCAACAACUCGGCGAUUUCGACGUUUACCUUGUCCACCACGCUUAUCAUUACCAAUGAAUUCAUCGGUUAACUGUGCUGAUUUAUUGGUUAAUCUAUCAUCACCGCAUGCACAUCUUGCAUUGGCUGGAAUUCGUGGUCAAUCAAGUAUUUCAUUACAUCGUAUUCAAGAUGGUAGUUUACAUUCUUCUAUCAAAAAUUUUAAUAUUACUAACAAUAAUAAUUUUAGUCGUGAACAAUUUGGAACUCCCACUUGUUGCGCUUUUCAUCCAAACGAGCCAUUAAUUGCAGCCGGUUUCCACGAUCAAUCACUUGUUCUUUUAAAUGUUCAAAAUAAAUCUAUAAACAAAGAAGUAUAA